AUGGACACACUCAACACACAAUGGCCCUCAGUCUCCGGCAGCCGAAAGGCAGAGGGUGCUAAGAAUCCCCGGGUUUCCAAAGUGCAGCUGAUUGUUUGCACGUACAACGUGAGAACGUUGAAAGAUCCAGAGAAAGAGGAGGAAUUGGAGCAAGAGCUGACAGGUUUCAAGUGGGACAUCAUUGGACUGUCAGAAACAAGAAAGAAAGGAGAGCAGCUGAAGCAGUUGCAAAGUGGGCAUGUACUGUACACAAAAGGAGGGAAUGAAUCUGUCAGAGGAGUUGGGUUUCUGGUUCACAAGAACAUCAAGGACCGAGUUGUAGAGUACGAAGGAGAGAGUAGCAGAGUGACAUCGCUUACACUGAAAGUGAACAGCAAAUACCAACUACAAGUGAUACAAGUGUAUGCACCAACAUCAAGUCACAGCGACGAAGAAGUUAAAGAGUUGUAUGAAGAGAUUGAAAGAUCAAUGGAUAACAACAGAAGUCAAUUUAAGAUCGUAAUGGGCGACUUCAACGCAAAGGUUGGAAAACACCAUAGGAGCGACGGAGCAACGGUCGGGAAUUUUGGCCUAGGAGAAAGAAAUGAAAGAGGAACCAGACUGGUGCAAUUUGCAAAAUCAAAAGGCUUGAAAAUCGCAAACACUUAUUACAGAAAAAGAAAGACCAGAAAGUGGACAUGGAGAAGUCCAAAUGGAGAAAUAAGGAAUGAGAUCGAUUACAUACUGGCAAACAAGAGCAUGAUCCAGAAUGUUAACGUGAUCACAAGAGUAAACAUCGGCAGUGAUCACAGAAUGAUCAGAAGCAAGAUCAAGAUGAAUGUAAGAUUGGAGAGAAUGGAAAUGAUGAGGCCGAAGGGUGCGAAGGUCAACAUCAACACCAACGCGUUGAAGCUAAAAGAGACUGAAUUCCGACUGAAGUUGCAGAACCGCUUCGAAACCUUACAAGAAGACAGUGUGGAGGAAAUGGCCCUUAACAUCACAAAGACUAUCAAAGAAUGUGCCAUGGAAACAGAUGGAAGAGUUGAAAGACGACAAGAGGAAAAGCUCAAGCCUGAAACAAAAGAACUGUUGAAAGAGAGAAGAGAAAUGGCAAAGAGAGAUCUGAAUGACUAG